AUGUCUGGGCUGAACCUUUCCCAAGUUCCACAGAGACCAAGAGAAUGGACUUCGAGCAUGAGUAGCAGUUCUGCCAAUAAGAACAAGAAUCGAGUUGCGACAAGACGCAAGCAUCGAGAGAGAGAAUUGAAACUGUUGAAGAACAAGUUAAAAUCUGGCAUUCGUACCAAAGAAGGAAGUUGCAGUACUAAGCACAAUCUAUGUUUCCAACAGAUUGGAAAUGAGAUGAAAGCUGAUUAUGAAGAGCACAACGCUAUUCUGAUCGCUCGUUGCAUGCUGCAGAUCAAGGCCAAGUUCGAUACUGACAAAGGUCUGAACUUCAUUCAACAGUGUUACAUCAAUCAAGGACUGAAGAAGUUUGGUGAUGAUGGAAAGGAUGCUGUGGAUAAGGAAUUGAGACAAAUGCUCCUGAGAGAUUGUUUUACUCCUGAAUUUGUGAAAGACAUGACCGCGUCUGAGGGAAAGAAGGCCCAAUCAGCGAUGAUGUUAUUCGCAGAGAAGCAAUUCAAAAAGAUAAUUAAAGGUCGCCUAGUAUACCGAGGCAAUGGAACUCGUGAAUGGUUAUCGCGAGAGGACACUGCAAGUCCAACUGCUUUGCAGGAAGCAAUCACCACUACUUGUGUUAUUGAUGCACACAAAGGUAGAGAUAUAAUGUCAAUGGACAUUCCUAAUGCUUUCAUUCAAACUUAUAUGCCUGAAGCUAAGGAAGGAGAAGAUUGCGUCUACAUGAAAAUCACUGGCAUGAUGGUCCAGAUAUUGAUUGACAUGGCCCCAGAGUAUCGCGAAUACGUUGUAUUAGAGAACGGAAACCAAGUAAUCUAUGUGCGGGUACUACGUGCUGUAUAUGGGAUGUUGCAAUUGAGCCUACUAUUCUAUAAUCAGUUUCAAAGUGAUUUGGAGGCAAAGGGAUUUGUUUUCAAUCCGUAUGACCCGUGUGUUGCUAACAAAGUUGUUGAUGAAAAACAGCAUACUAUCAGAUUUCAUGUUGACGAUCUUAUGUCAAGUCACAUGGAUCCGAAAGUAAAUGACAAAUUUGCUAAGUGGUUGAACAUGAGAUAUGGUUUGAUCAAGGCAUGUAUAAUCGUCAGAGGUGAGAUACACAGAUAUCUUGGAAUGACUUUGGAUUUCUCGGUGAAAGGAAAACUCAAAAUCCGCAUGGAUGACUAUGUCAAGAACAUGUUGGAAGAUUUUCCUGUCAAGUUCAACAAGGAUUCAAAGCAGGAAACACGAGCUGAAUCACUACGAGUCAUGAAAUGGAUAAUCGACGCAUCAUUUGCAGUGCAUCCAGAUUUCAAGAGCCAUACUGGCGGAACUCUGUCCUUUGGGGGAGGUGCAGCUCAAGUGAUGUCGAAGAAGCAAAAGCUAAACAGCAGAAGCAGUACGGAAGCGGAACUGAUUGCUGUUGACAAUGUUGUCACGAUGAUACUAUGGACAAAGUUGUUCGUGGAGUGGAAAGGAUAUCCGAUCGAGAAAGAAUAUCUUGUAUCAGGAUAA